AUGACCACCUCCCCCCACCCCCGGGGGGCAACAUCGCCAUCCACCACCCAGGUAUCUGCAUACACCCCCGCCCAAAUCACCACCUGGCUGCACCACCUCCACCUCCCCCGCGCCUACACUCCCUACAUCACCAACCCCAGUACCUUCCCCCAGACCUUCGAGUCUCUCCGGACUCUGAUGCGAUGCCAAAUCAGUCGAUUCCCUUUCGAAAACCUCUCAGUGCAUUACUCUUCCACUCAUGUCGUGGACAUCCGCCCGGCCAUCCUCUACAAUAAACUCCUCGGACCGAAUGCCAACGGUCGUGGCGGGUAUUGUCUCGAACUGAGCAUUCUCUUUCAUCAUAUGCUCUGCGGACUGGGGUUCAAGACGUAUAUGACUGGGGCGAGGAUCCGGGCAAGGGUGGAUGGCGUGCCCGGGGGGGGGCUAUUCGGGGAUGUAAUACUGAUAAAUCAUCUCAGAAUCCACACAACAAACAUCAUCCACCUCCCUAACGGAACCAAGUACUCCAUCGAUGUCGGUUUCGGUGGCGACGCCCCCUCCAUCUCCACCAUCUCCUCCAUCUCCUCCGCAAACCAACUCUCAAUUUUCUCCAACCUCGGACCCCAACAAAUCCGCCUCAGUCAAUCGCACAUCCCACUACAAUCCCCCUUCCUAACCCACUCCCCAGAAUCACAAAAUAACAAAUUCUGGAUCUACCGAUACCGAAACCGUCCCACUCACGAGUGGAAUUCAUUCUACUGUUUUCAGGAGAUAGAGUUUUUUGAAGCGGAUUUUGAAGUCGUGAAUUUGUUUGCUUGUUUGAGGAGUCCCGUCCACCGGGGGAGUGUGUUGGUGGUUAGGUUUUUGAGGGGGGAUGUGAAUAUCAUAGGCAAGGUAAUGCUCGUGGACAAGUUAAUCAAGGUAAAUCUCGGGGGAAAAACGAGGGUAGUGCAUGAAUUCACCACCGAGGAGGGGAGGAUGCAGGCCCUGUGGAAGUAUUUUGGGAUUCGGUUAACAGAGGAAGAAAAGGAGGGGAUUAGGGGGUGGGAUAAGGAGUUGCUGUAGGUAGAUAGCCAGGUAGGGCACGUAAUCGGGUGGCUGCAUUGGUUGCGAGGUACUAUAGACAGGGAUCAUUCAGGAUAGGUAGAGAAUGACAUGUGAAGAGACUGGAUGUACCCCAUACACAGUAUGG